AUGUCCAAUCCUCAUAAACCGAUUUUUCGCAUUGUUGACACGCACAUACAGGUCAUACACCCCUUCUUUGCCUCUCUUUGCCUUCCACCCUCCCACCCUUCCGCUUCCCAUGAUGGCUCAUAUGGCACAGUUGACCCUAUGCACCUCUCAAUAUCAUUUGCCUCCUUUAUAAGACAACUCAAACUUUCCCGACGUUCGUUUCGACUCCUAUGCCCCCCUCCCGAUCCAAACCCCCGCCAAUCGGUCUCACGCCUGUCACCUCGCCAAUGGAAUUUCUUCUGGUCUUUGACCUUGUCCACUUCCACCCGCAACAUAUGGUUUCGACUUCUACAUAACUCUCUUUCCUCAGCUUCCAUCCUUCAUGCUAUUAUCCCCAGCUUUGUCGCCUCCCCCGAGUGCCGUCUAUGUGGUCACUCUAACCAGACUCCUGAACAUUUCCUUGUGGAGUGUCCUCUCGUUUGGCAAGUUUGGACUAUGACUAUGCAUAGGUUGAUACCACACUGGCGAGCCCAACCGUCCACAAUCCUUCGUGCCUUUUAUGCUCUCGCCCUCCCUCCCUCCCCUCCUCAUAUUGACUCAUACCAUGUUUUGGAUGGUGUUCUUGCCGCAGUGUGGAAAGCGUACUGGCGCACAAUUUUUGACGAUGUGCCUUUUGUUCCUGCCAAUGUAGUUGUUUCUGUGAACAAAUCGCUUCAAUUUUUCUUUCAGUCUUCCCAUCUCCUAGACUAG